AUGUACUCGCCUCGCUUCCUGCUGCUCAUGCUUGCGGCCCUCUGCGUUGUUGACGCGGCCCUGGUGCAAAAUUUCAACUUGGGACGCCAGGCUGGUGCCGCUGUCAGCGCGACGGGCAGUGAUAAGGAAUCGUCUACAGGAAGCGCGACCACUCCGGCUUCAUCGACCCCGAGUUCUUCUCCCACUCCGUCCUCGACCACGCCGCCAUCCAGCUCCAGCACUGCAGAGCCGACAUCUACCCCGACUCCCACUUCAACUCCAGCCCCGACCUCAACUCCCACCUCCUCUGCCUCUUCCACGCAGGCUCCCCCAACGAGCACCCCCGUGCCAACUUCCUCGCAGCAGCCCACGUCGCAGCCCACGUCGCAGCCUACAGAGCAGCCGACUACGCCGCAGGAGGAACCGACUUCCCAGUCGACCUACACCAGCUUCGUCACGUCGACGAGCACUCCGACCCCGGCCAGCACCGCCAAGUCGACACCAACGCCCGGUCUGAACUCGGACAAGGACGGUGCCACCUCGGGCAUGCCCGCCAAGACGCGCAAUACUGUCAUAGGUGUGGUUGUUGGCAUUGGCGGUGCCAUCCUGCUCGGUGCCUUGGGCAUGGUUGCCUACAGAAUAUGGGGCCGCAAGAAGCAAUCGGAAGAAGCCGACGGCCUGAUGAGCUACGACAUGAGCACCAACGGUUACGAGAAGCACGAACCGUCCAACUCGAUUAGCAGCAGCAACAACCAGCGAACGCCGUUCCAGUCGACGUUGGAAAACUACCAUCAGCCGAGCAACGUCAAUCCCUCGUCCAAUUUUUAA